AUGAGCCAGCAAAUCUCAUUGAACCAAAGUCCUGAAGAUUAUGAUAUACCCCUAGAUUGGUUAUACAAAGGCAAAUCAAAUAAAUUGAAGAAAAAUAAAAUAUCCUCAUCUGUUAUAAAGACCACUGAGUCAUUCUUAAAUAGUAAUAGCAGCAGUAUCUCAUCUGCAAAGGUAUCUCCAAAUGUAAGCAGUACCUCAAAUGGUGUGAAAAAUAGAACAAGAUCGAUAUCUGUGUCUAAUGCUGCAUUACAAUCAAAAAAUUCUUAUAAUGAUUCGUCUUCCUCCGUUUCACAAAACAUUUUGAUGACCCCAGUGAUAAAAAAAGGUAGAUCUUCUUCUUCUACAGUAAAAAACAAGCCUGUUCUAUCUAUACCAACACCAAAUUCACAAAUUAAAAGAUCUUCCCCAAUAUCAGAAGAUCAUGGAUCAUCCAAUACUCCAUCUAUAUCCAUUUCUUCUAGCACCAAGAAAUCUCUCUUUGGUUCUCUUUUUGGAAAAAUAUCAGCUUCAAAGACUCCAUCUCCUACAACUAAAAACAUUUCAAAUAUUACCACCUCUACUACUCCUACCACAAAAAAUUCAGUCAGUUAUAAUUCUGAGAAAAAUCCAAUAAAUAAAAAAACAGUGACGCCUAUACAACAAACCCCUAUAAAUGAAGUAGCUUCUCCCUCCAUACAGUCACUUUUACAGCCGUCCUCUUCAGUUUCACAUAUUUCCUCCUCUUCUUCAUCUUCUUCAUCAACUUUUGAAAAGAGCACUACACCAACUAAUACAAAUUCCUCAAUAUCAUCUAAUGAAUCUGUCCUAGAUUUAUCAAGUAUUAAAUUGAAAAGAGUAACUUUCAGUGUCGACAAGUUUAAUGGUGACCCACCACAACAAUUACCAACAAGAAAGCCUAAACAAGGUAAUAUCUUGGUUCCCCAUGAUCUUUUAUCUGAGGUUCCCUCCAUCUCCAUGGGAAUUUCAAAUACUAUUAAAGAUAGUACUCAUGGCAAUGCUACCACUAAUAAUAGUUCAAUACUUGUUAAAAAUUCUAAAGAAUAUGAGAUUGCCAUGGAAAAUUACAAAAAAAUGCUGCAAGAGACUGAAAAACAUCAACAAGAAGCGCAUGCAGCAGCAUUAAGAAUAGCAAGGGAAGUGGAGAAUUUUUCAAAUACUGGAUCUCAAGCUACAACAAAUAAUACCUCAAUAGGGAAUACUAUCGAUGAUAAAUAUUCAAGUGCAAAUAAUCAGGAAAAUUCUAAAAUAAUGAAUUUUGAAAUAGAUAAACCAAUACAUAUCAAUGAGCAUCCUUUCCAAGAAACAGAAGAUACAAUAGUUUCAGAGAAGAAUUUAACACUUGAUGUCAUAUAUACUAGAUGUUGUCAUUUAAGAGAAAUUUUGCCAAUUCCAUCAACAUUAAGACAAGUUAAGGGAAAGACAGCACCUUUACAAGUAUUGAAAUUUUUGAAUCCAAAGCCUACUUUAAUUGAUAUUCUAUCGUUUUGUGAUUUCAUAUCGAUCGUACCAAUUAACACUAUUAUUUUUGAUAAUGUCAAUUUAUCAAAUGAAAUGUUUGCUAUUUUGAUUAAAUCUAUCGUCAAAUCGCAAGUAUUGGAAAAAUUUUCAUUGAAAAAUGUUCUAAUUACAAAAGAAAAUUGGACAAUUCUCUGUAAAUUUUUAUUAAUUAACAAAUCUUUAAUCAAGCUGGAUUUGUCACAAACACACCUGAAAUUCAAAUUGACAGAUCAUGUUACAAAUCAAAUAGACAAAAACGAUAAUGACUUAAAUUGUCUAAGACACAAUAUGGAUUGGGAUUUAUUUGCUAAAGUGAUAACUAUAAGGCAAGGAAAACCAUUGGAAGAAUUAUUAUUGAAUGGUAUCAAAUUUAAUAACAUACCAUUGGAAAAAUUUAACAAUUUAUUAAAUUCGAUUACUAAGCAAACAUGUUUACAAUCAUCGAAAAAUACUAAGAUAGUUAAAUGCCGUCUUGGUUUGGCAAAUUCUAAUAUUUCCUCUGAUUGCCUUAAAUCCAUUUUUAACUGGGUAUCUUCUAAGAACCAACAUUCACAUGAAAGUAUAAUUGUACAAGGAGUUGAUUUUUCAUUUAAUGACUUAUCACAAUAUGCCAAAUCUAUGGUUACAAGAUUAUCAUCUUUACCCUUUGAAAACUUGGAGUUUUUCUCAUUAAACAGUACAAAUAUUUUAAAAGCUUAUGAUAUGGCUUUAUUAUUAAAAUACCUAUCUCAAUUGCCAAAUUUGAAAGUUUUGGAUUUGAGUAACUUACCACAUCUUUUUCCUGAUGUACUACCUUAUAUUUACAAAUAUCUCCCUAGAUUUCCAACUUUAAAAGUAUUAAAUAUCGAUAAUAAUAAUCUAACUUAUAAACAAAUGGGUGUCAUUUGUAAUAUUCUGAUCAAAUGCAAAUCAUUAAGUAAUCUAUCAUUGAUGCAACCAACUGUGCAUUUUAAAGGUCAGGAUGCUUUUAUGGAACCAGUAGAUAACCAUACUACCAAUAAUAGUGAAGGAACCACAAAUGAUUCAGCUAAACCAAAAUUUGCAAUGAAUGGGUUGUGGGCAUCAUUAUAUCGACUUGUAAGAGAUUCGCCGAAUUUGAUUAGUUUAGAUGUAAAUUUUGAAGAAGCACCUGAAGAAAUUGAGUCCAGAAUCGCUUUAUGUUUAAUGAGAAAUAUGAAUAAGAAGAUGGAUGCUGAUUUCCAAUUAGAUGAAUUAACUGUACAGGAUGACUUAUUAUUUGAUGGUGAAUUGAUCACAGGUGGUGCUGAGAUGAUUUUUAAGAAAUUAAAUAAAUUAAUUUCUGAGGGUGAAGGAGCUAGUGACCUAGGGGAAAAGAGUGGUAAGACGGGCGUUAAUGCUAAAAAAUAUUUACUGAAAAAGUAUUUUGAAAACUUGUAUAACGUCCAUGAGAAUGUUAUCCAAAAAAUUGAUUGUUUAUUUGAUAAAAGAAAUUCUGGUGAAUUAACUAUGAAAGAGAAAGAAAACCUGUUAAGAUUUGUUAUGUUAGAAAAGAAUCUCGCACAUAUUUUUCAAAUUUUUGAUCAUUCUCCAUAUUUAGCUGCAAUUAUUGAUUCUCUGAAAGUGAAACACUAUGUUCAAAGAAGACAUUGUGCUGGCUCCACUGGUAUGUACGGAACUGCUGAUCAUGAAAUCGAUGUGACAAAUCCAGCAACUGAUGCAGUACCAGAAACUAGACCACAUUUAAUGGCAACGGACUCAGGCAGAACUGUUGAUUGUUUAACUGGUAAACCUGUUUUAUUUCGUCGCAGUUCUACUACUUCAAUUCAAGGGAAAGUCCAACAAGAAGAAGAAGGUGAAUUACAUAAAUGGGGUUUUUUCGUUCAACAACAGAAUAUGCUUUAUCCAGAAGGCACUGUUACAAAUAUAGAAUCUAAUUCAAAUAAUACCAAGGAGAUUAUGAAACAAGGAAAUGAAACUCCUGGAACAAGCAUGUCAACUCCAUUAUAUAUUCCUUUGGAAACAAGAAAGAGAUUGAUCACUAAAGUUCCAUCUGGUGAUGAAUUAAGAGCUGCAAUUAUGAAAGCUAAAGGUAUAGAUUCAAUUCAAGAUUUAAUUCAAAAUGUUAGUGAUGAACCGCUUGCAUUAGAGUCAAUCUAUGGGGAUUCUGUAAAAGUCAAUGAAACAUAUGAUAAACUUCUUAAUAAUCUUUCAGCAAAUAGAUCAGCUAAAUAA